GCCAAAUGAAAAUUACUCACGUGGUUGUGGCUUGAAUCAGCUGAUUGAGUGAUCAGGAAACGAGAAAAUUAUUUGUGUGAGAUUCAAAUUGUAAAUUGUAAACAAUUAACUUGAUCCGCUAGUUGAUUAAGACAAUUGUGAACAAUUUUCUUGUUUAAUUAACUCCUUGUUCAUGGUUUAAUUGAGUGAAAUCAAUCAAUGUUCAUCUUUGUUUAAGAUGAUUUAAUAUUUUCAGGUUGAUUUCAGUGGUUGUCUCAUUUUUCAUUUUGUUAUUCAAAGGGAUUGAAGUUAUUCUGGUUUGGCGUUAAUUGGACUCUUAAUUGUUGAUUGUUAAUGGCGAUUUUUAACAGAAUUAUUCCUCUAAUUAACUCGGUUCGUCAAUGUUCAACAAUUGAAAUUAAAGUUGGAUCAGAAGCGAGAAAACGUAUUUUCACCCGAGAAGAUGUGAUGAAAUUUUGUCAAAUUGUUGGUGACACUAAUCCACUUCAUUUUGAUGAUAAAUCAGCUCAAUUAGUUAAUUUCUCAGGUAUAAUUGUUCCAGGAUUACAAUUAAAUGGAACCGUUUCCUCAAUCAUUGGAACCAAAUUACCAGGACCAGGAUCCAUUUUGGUUAAACAAUUUCUUGAUUUUGUUGCUCCUUGUUACAUUGGUGAACAAGUGAUGACUCGUGUUUGGAUCGCUUCGAUUAAGAAGACAUUCAUUGAUUGUCACUACGAAUGUAUCAUAAUUGGAAACGGAAAGAUUGUAAUGAAAGGCGAUGCUUUGAUUUAUAAACCUGUAGAAAUAAAAAUUUGAUUAAUUUUGCAAA